AAAGAGAGACACUUACCCAGAGCAAACUUUCUCCACUCAUUGCAACUUUUGAAAGCCUGGGGUGCAGGUGUCAGCCCCUCAAGAAGAGUUGACUCCAACAGAAUCAGCAUGAAGCUGGUAUACCAAGUCCUUGGUGUCAUGGCCCUCCUUCUGGGCGGCCCUGACUCUGUCCUCAGCAGCUCCAGUGGGAACCUGCACACUUUUGUGGGCUGCGCUGUGAGGGAAUUCACUUUCAUGGCCAAGAAGCCAGGCUGCAGGGGACUUCGUAUCACCACAGAUGCCUGCUGGGGCCGCUGCAAGACCUGGGAGAAACCCAUUCUGGAGCCUCCCUACAUUGAAGCCCAUCAUCGAGUGUGUACCUACAAUGAGACCAGACAGGUGACAGUGAAGCUGCCUAACUGUGCCCCUGGGGUUGACCCCUUCUACACCUACCCGAUGGCUGUCCGAUGUGAUUGCGGGGCGUGUUCCACUGCCACCACUGAGUGUGAGACCAUCUGAAGCCAGCGUCGCCACAGCUCGCGGCCCAAGCCUCACACAUCCACUGGCCCCAGGAAUAGAUCUGCUGUAUCCCCUGCAUUUGGUUUGGGCCAACCCAAGUUACCUGCCUUCCUCUACCCAGCUUAGGCACAAGGUCCAGGUGCAGCACACUUAGGCUGAAAAUGUAAAACAGUAUUGGCCCUUCUGCAGAGUACUCUCUCUGGUUCAUAUGUCUGCAAAUUCAGUUUUCUUCGCUUGACUUUUGGAAAGUGUGUUGUAUAUUGCAACUCUCCCCCAGGUUCUGUUGAUACCGUGCCGUUUAUUUGAAGGAGUUGGAUAUCCUUAAGCGGUGGAAAGCCUUUAAAUCCCCACAUUCUGCCAUGGAGCUCGGACUGGAUUUAUGAUUAAAGGGCAGGAUGAUCAAAACCAAAGUGCUUUCCUUCUGGCUCACAAGGAUGCCCAUCCGUGAGUGUUUUUACAGAGAGCGCCCCAUUUCCCUUUGAACCAAGUGAUUACCUAAACAAGAGGCAAGGACAGCCCAGACUGUUAGGAAAAGGUGUUUUGAUGUGCCUGAUUCAUCUCCCAAGCAAAUUCUCUAAGUUCCCUCAAGCUCUCUAUGGAAGUGUCUGCUUGCCAAUUAACAACAAACAAACAAACAAACAAACAACAACAAACCUCACAAAGCACCAUUAAGAGCUAUCAUCCAGGUUUAAAAACACCAAAGACUAAAUUCCCAGUUUGAGUGUUCCCCCACAGCCACAGUGAGGCAACCAGUUACAAAUGCCCUUCCCUGCUUAGCAUAUUUUAAAUCUAAAUGGCAAUUUAUUAGACUCAGAAUCCGGAGUAUUUGCGGCAGUAAGAUGGCCCUGUCUGUUCAGAGGAAGGAGGUGUGCCCGCCUGGUGCUUGAUUGCUUUUUCUGAAGUCUUUAGAGCAGUUGAUUCUGUGACCUCCUUUUUAAACUCCAAUUUUAUGCAAAUGUUUGUAGCUUUGGCAUUUGGGGAGUCGAGUUUACCUUUGUUCUUUUUUUAUAUGCCAGGAGCAUCGGUACAGUGUCAAUAAAGCGUGGUCCCUGUCACUGGAACUCACACAAACUUUC